AACAAGUCUGCUCAGACUUAAAAGCCUCGGGUCAGGACUGAAAGCUCCACAAAGGCUGGUGCUACCACUGAAGAGACUAAACCUGCAGAGAUGGGCAGCUUCUACCUCUCGGCGGAAACAUGGACCCUGCUGGUUGCUUUUGUCACGCUGCUCAUUCUUUAUGCCUACUGGCCCUACAGGGCAUUUAAAAAUCUUGGUGUGUCUGGUCCCAAACCCAUCCCCUUCUUUGGCACUAUGCUGCAUUAUCGAAAGGGAUUUUUUAACUUUGAUGAAAACUGCUAUAAGAAAUAUGGGAAAAUAUGGGGCAUCUAUGAUGGCCGCCAGCCAGUGCUGUGCAUCGCUGACCCCGCCAUGAUUAAAUCCAUUCUGAUUAAGGAGUGCUACUCCCUCUUCACCAACCGCAGGAACUUCCGUCUGAAUGGACCCCUGUAUGACGCCGUGUCCAUUGCAGAGGACGAUCAGUGGAGGAGGAUCCGCAGUGUCCUCUCUCCUUCCUUUACCUCAGGAAGGCUGAAAGAGAUGUUUGACAUAAUGAAGCAACAUUCUGCAAAUCUGACCAGCAGCAUGAAGAAGAUGGCGGACAAGGAUGAACCGUUAGAACUGAAAGAGUUUUUUGGCCCCUACAGCAUGGAUGUGGUUACCAGCACAGCCUUCAGCGUGGACAUCGACUCCCUCAACAAUCCAUCUGACCCUUUUGUCACAAACAUCAAGAAGAUGCUGAAGUUUGACCUGUUCAACCCUCUCUUCCUUGCUAUCGCUUUCUUCCCCUUUCUUGGUCCCAUUUUUGAAAAAAUGGAGCUUUCCUUCUUCCCUGCUUCGGUGACAGACUUCUUUUAUUCUUCUCUGCAAAAGAUCAAGUCUAAUCGAGACAGCAGCAAGAAGCAGGGUCGAGUAGAUUUCCUCCAGCUGAUGAUUGAUUCCCAAAAACACAACGACCCCACCGGGGUGCAGCAGGACAAAGGUUUAAAUGAUCAUGAGAUCCUCUCACAGUCCAUGAUUUUCAUUUUUGCUGGCUAUGAAACGAGCAGCAGCUCUCUCACCUUCUUGGCUCACAGUCUGGCUACAAACCCAGAGGUCAUGAAGAAGCUCCAGGAGGAGAUCGAUGCCACCUUCCCAAACAAGGCUCCUAUUGAGUACCAGGCUCUUAUGGAGAUGGAGUAUUUGGACUGCGUCAUCAACGAGUCUCUGCGUAUCUACCCCAUUGCCCCGCGUCUGGAGCGUGUUGCCAAGGCGAGUGUGGAGAUAAACGGUCUUCUGAUCCCCAAAGACAUGGUGGUUCUGGUCCCCACGUGGCCCAUUCACCGGGACCCCGAACUGUGGCCCGAACCUGAGAAAUUCAAACCUGAGAGAUUCAGCAAGGCCAACAAGGAGAAAAUCGACCCGUACACGUACAUGCCUUUCGGGGCAGGGCCUAGGAACUGCAUUGGGAUGCGGUUUGCUCUGGUGAUGAUGAAACUGGCCAUAGUGGAGAUCCUCCAGCGGUACAGCUUCUCCGUUUGCAAGGAGACCGAGAUCCCCAUUGAGAUGGACAUCCAGGGUCUGCUCAUGCCCAAACGGCCCAUCAAACUGAAGCUGGCGCCUCGCUCUUAGACGUCCAAAAACAGGAACAAAAUCAUUCAUCCUUAUUUUGUUUGUGAUGCUUACAUUUCUUCUCUGUAUAAAAACUUGAUGUCAGUUUUUCUUUUGUUCUUUUUCUAGUAAAGCAGAACAGCUGUGUAGUUUUGUAUGACUUAAUUCAGAAUAAAGUGACAAGUGAAACAUUUCUAAAACCUGAAACAGUAA